UUGAUUACUCCUUUCCGUCUGCUUCCCUGUGCAGAGGAAUUGUUGCCUCAUAUGAUCUGAGUCUUCGUCCGUGUUUCAUCUACAGUGUACAAUGUCCCCCUCGGCCACCUCUCUCCCUUGCUUGUGAACACAAAAAAGAGUCCAACCUUGACUUCGAGAAUGUAAAUCGAUUCCUGGCUGAAUCACUUUGGGAACGAAGACACGACAACGACAACGACCUUCUGAUUUCGGGCAUGGAUAUGAUGUCGGUGGGCACCGCUGCCUUCACUACCGCCGCGGCGGCCUCCGGUUCCGACCUGCAUUCCACGAUCAGUUCAACCGGCCCAGCUUGGGCAGCCACCUCCUCCUCCUCGCUCUCUUCCCUCAAUGACUACACCAACUUCCCCCUGGUCCGUCAGGGGGACCGUAUCUAUCUCCGAGACCCCGAAAAUACCUACCCUUUACCAUGCGAUCUUCCCGAGAUCCAUCGCCAGACCCUGCGCUCGCUCAUGCUGAUCCGCGUGUUCGGGGCCCCCUUCUGCAACCCGUAUCUAGCGGACCGACCGCCCCUGCGGGUCCUGGAGAUUGCAUGCGGCUCAGCCCUCUGGUCGGGCAUGUGCCACGAUUAUUUUGCCCGUCGCGGCCAGCGCAAUAUUGCCUUCCACGGCAUCGACCUCGUCUCCGUCGCGCCGGACUUGCGCAAGAAAGGCGUAAAUUGGCAGUUCAAACGACACGACCUCCGCCGCCCCCGCCUGCCGUUCCCUGAUGAGUAUUUCGAUUUUGUUUUUAUCAAAGAUGCUGGGAUGUGCCCCGGCAGUCCAGCCCAUCAGGCGCAAGGCCUGGCUGAGCCGCUGCGGGUGCUCAAGUCUGGAGGGGUCCUCGAAGUUUGGGACUCCGACUCGGUGUUCAGGUCCUUGCUUCCAAACCCCGCGCCUGCUCCCAACUUGGCAUCAAAGGAGCAGGAGAUCGCAGAUGCGACAGCAACAUACACUUUUUCGGCUGCGACCCCUUUCACGAAUGCCCAAAAUAAAUUCUUUCAGGACUAUAACUCUUGGGUAGAGAAGGCGUUUGACCGCCGCAAACUCACGGCACUGCCAUGCGCCACCACAGGCCUCUCCUUCAACGCGGAGGUUGAUGUAUUAGACAAAGUGGAAAGCCGCCGAAUCGCAAUCCCUCUAGGCGAGUUGCGAUGGGAGCGCGAAGGACAUAACAAAGACGGCUGUAAUGGUCCGCGAAGGCAAUUGACCUCCGACCAACUCUCCAUUCGCCGUACGGCCCUUUUGACGGUCAUUCAAAUGAUCGAGGGCAUGGAACCCAUGCUCAUGGAGGCCAGCGGUAAGAGCAGAGACGAAUGGGACCGGUGGUGGACAGCCAUGAUCAGUGAUUUGCUCCAGAAGGGCGGCCUCGCCAACGGAGAGUGUUUGGAAGUAAGUGCUUGGUGGGGACAAAAGAAAUGAAGCCCCCGAUGGACAAUCAAGAUUUGGAGUCUUAACGGAGUAUAUGGUGUUUUUUUUGGUAAACAAUGAUAAAAGGAGGAAACGACAAAAAAAAAAGGCUGCGACCAUUGCUCACGUCAUAUUGGUGAUACCCCGGACUCGAUUUCGUUUAUAUUAUUAUUUCUUUCCAGAUGUAUAUUCCCAUGAAACUUUUCUUUUCUUGGCCACUACUCCUUUUGUGUCUGGCAUUUCAUCUAUUUCCAUAGCGCUGUUUCAAGGUGCGGUAUCGUUUGAGAUAGUAC